AUGGCCGGCGAAAUUGUGACCGUGUACAGGUGCGGCUAUUGGAGUACCCACGACUGCAAGAGCUUGGUGUUCAUCAACCUUCCACGUUCUUGCUUGUCCACAUCCACACACCAACCGGCGCUGGUCAUCAUCGUCGUCAUCGCCAUCGUCGCCAUCAUCGCCAUCGUCGCCAUCGUCGCCAUCGUCGCCAUCGUCGCCAUCGUCAAGCCCUUGCCCUGA